ACCGCAACAUCAAUAUCAACACUAAUCACCCAGGCGGAACGGUUUAUUGUGUAUUUUCUGAUUUCCUUUACGGUAAUUGCAGAAUUCGGCAAGUCGUUUGCUGUUCAGCUGUUUGAUUUUUCUGUGGUCGGCAUACAGGCAUACGAUUUAUUGUCUAUAGCCAUAAUUCAAAUGAAUUCUGUGAAGUUAAAAGAAAUAGGAGAUCUUGCAAACAAAAAAGAAAAAGAAUGGAAACACUUGACAUCACUUCAAUUGUCCUCAUUACAAACAGCUAUGGUACAAAAAGCAAAUGAACACAAAGAAUUAUGUGGAAAAUUUACAAAAUUAAAAGAAGAUUUCAAAUACAAUUUAAAGCUGCUUCAUGAUCGGGAUAAAGAACUGAAAACAUAUGAUGAAUCAUUUACGAAAACAAAGACUUUAGAAGUUUCUCAUAUGUCAGCAAUCAGUGACUUGAAAAUAAAGAUUGCAAAUCUGGCAGAAUCGCUUGAACGAGAACAACAAACGAGGUGUGAAAUGCAGCGACAUUACAGGCAAAGACUCAUAGACAAGCAAGCUGAAUUGGAAGCUUUCAAGUCAACUAAGGAUGCGGAGGUUGAAGAAACUUUAUCACAAAUGGCCCAAAUGAAUUCUCAGCAUGAAAGAUUUGAGUCACAACUUAGAUCAGAAAUUAUAGCACUGAAAUUUGAAUUUACCUCUGAACUUGACAAUGCUUUGCUCAAAAAAGAAAAAGAAAAUAGGGAAAACGAUGAUAAAUUUCAAGCAGAAACAUUGUCACAUCAAUUAAAGUGCAAAGUUCUUGAGAAAGAGUUGGAACUUGUGAAAUCCACUCAUGUAAAACAGUCUGAAAAUCUGUUGGAAGCUGAUGAAGCAUGUUCAAAAUUGAAGAAAAAACUUCAAAAAGCAGAGCAUGAUGUGAAAGACAUUUCCUCAAUAAAAAAUUCCAGAAUUUUGGAACUAGAGGCCAAGGUUCAAAAUUUAGAAUCGAAAAAUGCAUCUAUUAACAAAGAUUAUGAACAUCGUCGUCAACAGCUGGACGAAGAUAUCAGAUUGAAGCAAUCAAAUAUGGAGGUGGUUCGCCAGAAUUUCCUCAAAAAGGAAAAAUCUCUAAAGGAAGAGAUUUGUAAACUUAGAAGUAAGGCUGAAAAUUCUGAACAAGAAACAAAUAGAGCAUUAUGGGACAAAAAUGAUUUAGUAAAAGAAAAUCAAGUUAUUGUUGAAAAUCUGAAAAGGAUAAUACAAGACUUGACUUUGAGGUUUGAAAAUCAGGUGAAAAUUCACAAUAGUUCAGCUGUAUCAAAAGAUGUUGAAAUACAAAAUUUUCAUAAGAAAGAGAUUAUAAUGAAAACAGAAAUAGAAAAACAGAAAAAUUACAUUGAGAAGUUAAAACAAGAUCUGGCUUCAUCGACACAAAAAGAAAAUUUACUUCUUCAAUCAAAAGUUCAAUUAAAAAUGGAUUGGCAACAAAGAUGUCAGGAGAUUAAAAGAAAACAAUCUGCAGGGUGCGAAGGUCUAAUACAAAGUUUGACAAAAUCACGUGAUAAUGCUUUUGCCGAAGUUAGAAAAUUGAGACAAAAACUUGGAAUGGAAAUUGAAGAUGAUGAAUUGGAUGACAAGAACUUUGAGGAGCUUGAAAAGCAAAAUAAUCGAUUGAAGACAAUAAUAGAACAGAUGACAAAUGAUAUGCAAAAGCUUGCAGCUAGUCAAUCGUUAAACAGUACCAUGGAGGUCAAUAAACAACACACUGGUCCACAAAGCAUUUCUGUGGAAUAUGUCAAAUCACUAGAGAAAGAAUUGCGGAAUUUGAAGAAAGAGAAGAGAGAUUUAUUAGAAACAGAAGUACCAAACGGAUUUGUAACGAAUCUUUUGCCUUCUGUUACUUCUAAUUCAUCUGUUUCUCCAGUAAUCACUGCAUCUUUUGUUCAUCCCGAUUUGAAUUUACAUAUAAACUCAUUAAAUAAAAAGAUAGGCAACCUCAGAGCUGAAAAGACUGAAUUAUCUGUUCAGUUAGAAAAGCUGAAAGUUCGUUUACAUCAUCAGGAACUUAUUUUAAAUUCAAGAGAAAACGAAUCAAAACAACAGCUUGUAAGGAUUCAAGAACUUGAAUACGAUUUGUCAUCAAAUCAAAGAAGAUAUGAACAGGAAGCUCAAUUUUUGAAACGACAGAUCUCAGAUAUUGUAUUGCAAUUGGAAGAAACGAGGAAAGAGUCUGAUGAAUAUGAUCGGGGUGGAAUACAGAAUAAUUUACAUGUCACUGAACUUGGAAGUCAUCUUUCUCAAAUGAAAGUUGCUGUUGCUUCAAAAUCACCUUGGAUGGGAGAAAUUGCUCAGGCAGGAAUUGUUCAACAGUUAAAAUCUGAAAUCACUGAUUUGAGAAGAAAAUUAGCAAAAGCAAAACAGGCAUUGAUUUUGGGGAACAACAGUGGGAAGCCCACUAAAGCUACAAUACUAAACAAGCAGCUCUAUGCAAAAUUGCAACUUGCUGCUAAACAAAUAUCAAGAUUAUUGCAAGAAAAAUCACAACUAUUGGAAAUUGGAAACAGUCUACGAUCAGAGCUUGCUUCUAAACAAAUGAAAAAUGGAAAAAUUUUACCAACGAAUGAUGGGGAUGCAGGGGAUGGUGUUAAGUUUCAAAACAAAUUGAAGGAGAUUGAGAAUCUUCAAUAUCAAUUAACCAGACAAGAACUUCGAUACGCUCAGGGAGUUGUCAUUUCAAACAAACCUAAAAUUCCCGAUACUCCACCUUCAACAUCUACCCCAGAAGCUAUCGAAAGUAAUGGUACCGAAUAUCGAGAAACUGAGUCUACUGUACAACAUAGUAGUGGGAAAAACCCUUUACAGUAUAGCCUAUCAUCUAUAGGUGAUGCUUCAUUGAAAGAUGUCUGGAAAAUGCUAGAUCAGGAACCUUCAAGUCCAUCUGCUCCCGGAAGCCAAGAUGACAGUGGAAUUACCGAUAAAAAAGUUGCCUCACAACAAACUCAAUCAAAACCAGUAUUAAAGAAAUGGUCAACGUCUGAACCUGCUGAGAAUAAAAACAGGAGAUCAAAAACUGCAAAAAUUCGAAACUAUAACAUUCAAGAUGAUGAAUUCGCGGAAUUACAAAGCAAGCGCUCAUGAUAUGCAUUCUCUAUAAAUGACUUUCCAGUUUAGUUUCAAUAUUAUAUUGCUAUCUGACUGAAUUGGUGUUCAAUUUUGAAUUUCUGGGGUAACAGUUUAAUUUAUAUUGAUGGUUGUUUAUCAUUUUGCUGAGAAUUACAAAAAAAAAAUUAACCAUUGUUAUUGACUAAAUAAGGCAUUGAGAGUCUCUGGAAGAAAAAAAGUUAUUAAAAAUUUCACAUGUAACUGCACUGCACAUAUGCUAUCGCAAUAUCAAAGGAAUUUAUCAUUAUCACGAUUCACUUUAAAAUAUAUCAUGAACUAUAUCAAUUUCUAAUUUUCCAAUACCCUCAAUAUAUGCCCAUAGUUAUAUUUAAAAACGUCAGAUUGACAAUUCUUUUUUCUGGAAAUAGGUAGGCUGAUAGUUGAAGUUGCAGGAAAAGUUACAUUUGUUCAACCAUUAACUGGAGUUGGUUAAAUAAAAGUCAAAAUGAAACUACAGACUCAUGAGGUUCAUCCUAAAACGCCCAUUUUGUGGCUCAAAAUAUGAUUUAUAUUAAUAGCGGUAUUAGCUGGCCGAUGAAUCGGUAUCGGUGUCAAAAAGUGAUAUUAGUCAAGCUUUAAAUACAAACAUCCUUUUUCAAGUAGUUGGCUAGCAAAAAGUUGGAUUUAACGUGUAACUGUUAAAAAGGUGUCUUACGUCAGUAGUGUUUUGUUGGUAUGAAUGUGCUAUGACUUAUUUGGGGACUUGCCCUGUUUACAAAUUGAUGGGAUUUAUUUGCUAUUCAUCAAAAUUGCCGAAAUUUUGCCAAUACUGUAUAUUAGACAGAGGCCUGUUCGUGGAUAAGACACCUACUUUUCCGUCUUUAUGUGAGUUUUUUUUUAUUGAUGCAUUUUAUUGCUAAAUACAUAUUUUUUUAAGAAAAUAUAUUCAAAUCUAAGCAAAACUUUUUCUUUAUAUUUUGA